UAUUUUCUUGGCAUAUAAAUAAACAUGCAACCAUCGCAACAUAUAAAUGGAUCCCAGCAUAAUGUUGACAAAGAACUACCGCCUGCUAAAAGUGCUAAAACACCAGACCUGGAGAAGGGCCUUGCACCUCUCAUAUUACGAAGUCGAAAUUCUUCAACUGUAAUUCAAAGAAUGCGAAGUAAUAAAGAGGACAAAUUCAUUGAAAAACUUGCAGUGGUGUUGUCAAUUGUUAUUUGUAUCAUAACAUUGCCUUUUUCGUUACUAUGCCUAUUUGUGGUUGUUCGGCAAUUCGAAAGAGCUGUAAUUCUACGCAAUGGGCAAGUGUAUAAGAAUCAUGCAUUUGGUCCUGGACUUAUAUUUUAUUUACCUUGCGUAGAUUCUGUAAAAUUCCUCGAUUUAAGGACCUUUUGCUAUGCCGUCCCGCCACAGGAAGUUCUCACUAAAGAUUCCUUGACAGUUUCUGUGGAUGCUGUUGUGUUUUAUAAAAUAUUUGAUCCAAUACUUGCUUUGUUAAGUGUCACUGAUUAUAAAUCAUCCACACACUACUUGGCUGCGACAACGCUGCGUAACGCACUUGGAACAAGACAGUUAACAGAAGUUCUAGCAAACCGCCCUGCAGUCAGUCAGCAAGUUUUUAAUUUCAUGAAAAACAUCACUAGAGACUGGGGAAUUGAAAUCGUUAAAGUGGAAAUAAAAGAUAUUAGACUCCCAUUGCAAUUACAAAAAGCAAUGGCAGCUGAAGCCGAAUCAACGAGAUUGGCAAACGCGAAAAUAAUUGUUGCAAAAGCAGAGAUUGAGUCAACGAAAAACCUUCAACUGGCCACCGAUAUUUUAAUGGAUAAUCCAAUGUGCAUGCAGCUUAGAUAUUUACAAUCUUUGCAAAUGAUCGCUGGUGAUAAGACACAUACUAUUGUGUUUCCUUUCUCUUCGGAUCUUAUGAAGAACAUUUUUAUUUAGAUAUUUACAAUCUUCACAAACGAUCGCUGGUGAUAAGACACAUACUAAGUAUUGUAAUCCCUCUCUCUCCUGAUCUCAUGAGGAACAUUUUUAGUAAGUGAUUGGGGUUUUAAACUUUUUUAUACUCGAUGUACUCAAAUAGUUUUUG